AUGACUGCUACCAGUAGCUUGAAUGCUCUAUUGCGCCUUGAGGAUAAUCUAACUACGUCGAAUGGUCCCAGAUUAUCUGUCGCUGCCUAUGGCGACAGCUUCGUCGGGCCACUUUUUGUCUUGAAGAAGAACACUAUGCACAUCAAACGAUUCUCCGGCUCAACAGCAAAGGGGCUCCAAAAUAUAAAUUCGGUAUCACAAACUGGCCCACGGUUGACUCAAUCUCUGGAUAGUCACAUGCCUGACCAUGUGGUACUUGUUUUUGGGCAUGUUGAUCUUCACAUAACAUACCUUUACAAAGCUCUCGACUCGCAACUCACAUCCGAAAAACCGCCUGAGCCUGGUACAUUUGUUCGAUCAAUCUUUGAUGCAUACACCAAGUUCCUACUAGAUGAAAUUCUUCCACGAAGGAAGGGAGCCAGCAAAGACGGGGAAUCUGGAUAUUUACACGGCGUUCACAUCGUUUCUGUGGUCAUGCCAUGCGUUACCGAUGAGCAUCUUGACCGGUCUGCACAAAAGUACAACCAAAAGUCUCAGGAAUUUCGGAAACUCCAGGGUUUGCGUUUGGUAGACUCUGCUUGUCCAACAGACCUGGCUACUCGAUGCGAGAUGGUACACGAUUUCAACGAGAUGAUCAAAGACUUUUGCAAACAGCACAAACUCUAUUACGUUGAUCUGAACAAACACAUAGCACCAGAGGUUGGAAUCGUUCACAAGGAGUAUCGGGACGUCGAUCCUUCAACCAUUCAUGUAAAAUGGGAGCCAACAAUCCAGUUUUGGGUAAAGGAGCUCGCAAACACUGGUCUCAAAAUGGAGGACGUUGAUCCAAACAUCGAUGAGACCUUAGUCGAGUAUGAGCUUAGCAAAAUAGACCGUAUGGCCAAAACUAGGCACAGACGUUUCGCAAGUGUUUCCGAAGCAUCGCCUCCCAUUUCCCGCGCACACCAUACUCCCACGCCUUCCAUCUCUUCCGCUUUCACGCUUAGCCCCGUCUCUGUUGGAGACGGUGCUCCCUGGCGGCGGUCUCACGCACAAAGUGUCUCUACCACGAUUUCUCCACUAAAGUCCAACAAUGAGUCACCUGGUAUAUAUCGCCCGCCCCAUAUGACAGGCGCCACAGGUCUAAGCGGCGGGGAGUACGGACGACGACGGGGAGCGACUAUUACCUCGGGGCCACCAAAGGUUGAUGGCCGGUUGUUUGAGGACUCGUGGCGAACCCCAGGCCGAUCGAGGGCGCCUUCGGAAAGUAUUUUUGGCCAUACACGACACAAUUCUGUGGCGACGGCUGGUGGUGGAUGGGGAACCCGCCGCUGA